CGCAGGGCGGCAUGGUUCGGCGCGAUGAGCAGCGUGAUAGAGCGGUUCGGCGACUCAUUAGGCGCGGGAGUGGGUGCGCGCGCCACGCGAGUUUUGUUGGCGGCCGCGCACGAGCGCCAGCCCAUCGUCGCGCACCAGCUGUGGGGCUGCCUGCUGGCGCUCAUGUACAGCGUGCCGGACUGGCACAAAUGGCUCGACAGAAAGGAUCUCCUCAUCAAACGAAUCCUGGAAAUGUUAGAAAAAGGCGGCUGGGGCGACGCGCGGCGGCUGAGCGACAUGCUGCUGCCGCUGCUGGCGCACCUGCCGCCCGACCUGCUCACAAGGGACUUCCACGAGGCCUUCUUCGGAGCGCUCUGCAAGGGCUUACUGAAGAAGAACAUACUCAGUUCAAAAAGCGAGCGACAGUACUGGAUUACGAGCUUAUCGGAAUGCUUGCGAUACCUCUCCAUCCAGCAGAAUGACUACGUCCUAGAGGUCGUGACUUCCGUGCACCGCACGUGGCUCAAGAACGUCCUCCUGCCCGAACACGACGCGCAGCUAAGGAAUAACUUGGUCAAACAUUCCGCCACUACCAUGGUCGCGCUCAUCAAGUACUGGCUCAAGCAGUCCAAAGAACCGAACGGCGAAAAAUAUGACCAGCUCAUCAGAAACUUCUGGCAAAACGUUGCGUCGACGGUUUUACUGCAACUGGACGAAACGACAGUGGAUGCUGAAAAAAUCGUGCACAUUAUUGAAGGACACAUUUUGCUGUUGCAAACUUUGAAAACGGCUUUCCUUAGUGAAAACAAAAAACCUCUUAGCAUAAAAUUCCACGGUGACGUUCCUAACGAGGAGGCGGAGACUAAAGUUACUCCGGUCCAGGAGCUUGAUGCGGCGUCUAUAGAAAGAUACAAACAUAACUUAAACGAAGUCGUAGAGAAAAUUGUGUGUGGGCAUUUCGAAUUCGCAAACAAAAUAGAUAUUUGUGAACCUAUCCUCACGCCUCUGAUCACCAUUCUGAAUGAGUUCGACAGUAAAAACCUGUACAUAGCAGUGGGUAAACAUUUCAACGCGAACGGAGUGUAUGAGCUGUACGACAAACUGUUGAGGACUUGGAUGGUGACCGACACGAUGCGGUGUAAGGCGAUAGUGGACGUCAUUUUCAUCUUGAUGAAACACUUGACUGAUGAAGAACAGGACGCGGUCCUUGCGUCAUUUGAUCAGUUCCCGUGCGGCGCACUAGAGUGGUGCGUAUCGGCGGCGGCGUGCCACCUGCAAUGGACGUGCGCGGGCACGCGGCGUUGGCUGCGCGGGCGCACCGUGCGCGCGGCGCUGCUGGCCCUCACGCGCCGCCUGCUGCGCCGGCGCUGCGCCGCGGCCAGGAGCCUGCUGCUGGUGUGCCUGUCGCGCGACGCCGCGCCCGCUGGCGGUGAGUAGCGUGCGGCAGUGGCG